AGGAGGUGGGGCGGCGGCGGGGCGAGAGGAGGGAGAUACAUUUCCCGGGAUACCGAUGACGGCGACUCGCGCGCAGUAAUAAUGGAGACAUUACUGCCCGGCAACACCGGUCAAUCGUACAGUCCCCAGUUGAAAAACGUCCUGAAGACUUAUCAGCUGUCAGCUGUUAAGAGUCUUCAGGGUCCGAGUUCGGCCCUGUUGGGCAUGGACUGUAAAGUCCUGCUGCAACACAGCAAUAACGAGCAGCAGCAACAUUCGACGACCUCGUGCUAUGGCUCGUGUGUCGCGUCUGGUCGUUCAGCAACGACCAAUUGCGGCCUGGACUCGCCCGGAGAGUCCGAGAAGAAAGAUGUCGUCGAGAAAGAGGCUCGUGAAACGUCAGCAACAGGUCAGCAACAGCAACGUCCAACGACACCCGUUCCUCCUCCCGUCUCCAGCAACAAGAUCUCACCGAGAUCGCUGGAGGACUCGGAUGAGGAUCGUCCAGCGGUGAUGGAAGGGCGUCUGAAGGGCAUCGAGAAGCGAGAGUUGGAAUUUCAGAUACCGAUACUGACAGCUCCCGAUCAGAGCUGUUCCGAGAGAUGCGAGACAAAUCUCGAGGGCGAGAGGAUCUCCUGUUUCGUGGUGGGCGGCGAAAGGAGGGUAUGUUUACCCCAGAUCCUGAACACGGUGCUGCAAGACUUCUCCCUGCCCCAGAUUAAUCAAGUGUGUGACGAGUUGCAGAUCUAUUGCUCUCGUUGCACUCGCGAUCAGCUGGAGGAACUCAAGCAAUCCACGAUUCUGCCUAAUAACGCCCCCUCUUGCGGUCUGAUUACCCAAACCGACGCCGAGAGGCUGGUCAGCGCUCUGCUGUUGCGUACGGAUUCCUGCGAUCCCGCCCAAAUCAGUCAGACCCAGGAUUGUUUCGAUAAGAAGACUUGUGGCAAGAACGAGGACGAGGAAACCAUCGUCAAGUUCAAAGUGUAUCAUGAAUGCUUCGGCAAGUCCAAGGGUAUCUUUAAUGCCGACCUGUUCGAAACGGACGAUUCCGUCUGCAUCCAGUGUGAGGACUGUCCCUAUCAGUUCUCACCCCAACGCUUCGUCCGACACGCUCACAAAUUUCUGGAGAAUCGUACCUGCCACUGGGGUUUCAAUUCUGCCAAUUGGCGAUCGUAUCUCUUGCUCUCUCGCACACAACCGGAUUACAGCAUCGCUCAUUCUAUUUGCGAACUGAAGAAGAGGCACCUCGUGCUAAGUUCCAAGCGAAAGCUAGAGCUGCGACCUGAACACGAGAGAUUAGCCAAACGCACAAAAAAAGACAUCGGGAAGGAUGAUUGCGCUGGAAUUUACAAUGGUAAUGGACUAGGGAUGUAUCAUCCUAUGUCUCAGAUAGCCACCGCAGCUGAUCCGUAUCUGCAGAUGCAGUGGGCUGCAGUUUGCGCAGAGUACAACAGAGGCGCGUCAGCUUUUCGGCCUUGGAAUGCCACACUCAACUGCAAACAUAGGGACAAUUCGUCGUUGCUACCUGCGUACCUCAGUCGAGGUCCACCUGUACUGCAACAUCCUGAACGAGUUAUCCCGCUUUCGGAGUGCGAGCGUUUCGAGCCGCACUUUCAGCCUAACGUGGCGUUAGCGCCUAUUACGACGACACCUCCUCAGAUAGGUCGGAUAUCGCCUCUCUCGUCCGUUCACCAACGACGGCAUCAUCAUCAUCACGAGCAUCAUCAUCGCCACCGUCACAGUUUACGUUCGACGAGUCCCAUGAGCGAGAAACAAGAACUGCUGUCGGCGGCCGAUGUCAAGCUGGAGAAAACAUCGUUGAGCCAAGACGCUGAACCUGUCGAUUCUUAUCCCGUGUACUACGUGCCCGAUGAAAUGAGUCGAAAGGAACCGGCGCUACCUGGAAAAAAAGAAAGGAGGGAAAAGGAAGGUGUAGAAGAGGAAGAGAGUAGCGCGGCAGUGACGUCGUCCACGGUGACAGUGGAGCCUCUUCCCCUGGCGACCUCCUCCGAGGUCGGUACCACCUCCUCGCCGUCCGAGAGCGACUCCGACUCGGACGGCACCGCGGCAGCCGAUCUUGAGGAGCAACUGAGAGCGCUCAACGUGCCGCAGGAUGUGAUAGAGCUGGCGCGUCGCGUGGCCUCGGAGAACGCUCAGCUGCGACGUCUUCGGCAAUUGGACGCGCAUGAGAUUUCAAAGCUACGCAGUCACAUGCACAAACUACAGCAGCAGCAACAGCAAUCCACCAUUGUCAUGGGAGUCAGUAAUGGCGAGUCGAGGGACAAGAAGGAGGACUCUUCGGCGAUGGUGCCGCGCGCCAGCGCGGCUGACAGCACCGAAGGUUGCAGCGAAGAGACCGAUCCCAUGGAGAAUUUGCCAUCGAAUCACGAAGAGUCCGAGUCUGCCAAUGUGCUAGUGACUAAAAACGAAUCGGAUCAGUGAUUAGGAUAACGCGUGCGAAAAUUAUUCGUUACGACAUACAACUGCUCAGCAAUCAUCACCGCCGCGAUUACGACGCUUAUCUCAAAUAAGCAUGCACUGAAUUUAGAGUUUACAUUAGAGUAUGUGUAAGUUUUUUGCGUAAGUAUAGAGCGUGUUUUCCAAGUAAUUUUUAUUUACCAAUUAGUGUGUUUUCUCAAUGAAAAAUGAAUUGAAAAAAGUCCUAAGUCCUCAUUUUCUUCUCCGCGACGCUCUUGAUGAAAAAAAGGAAUUUUUAAAUAAGAUCAUGUAGAAUGCAUCAAGGGAAUUUUAGUUGAUAAUUCUUCUUUUGUCUCGCGAAGGAAAAAAGACGAAAAAAAUAAUUCAGAACUUUUUAAUUCAUUUUUACGAGGAAAUAACGCCAUAUAACACUGGUAAGACGUGAAUUACGGAAGACUAUGUGUGUGUGGAUGUGUGUGUGUGUAUAUAUAUGUAGGUAUAUAUGUGUAUAAUAGUUCUAAACGAAACGAAAAAUUGUCUAGGUUAUGUGAUAUGCGACGAGCCUUUGAAUGUUAUCGCAGUUAAUUCGGACUUUUCAUUAGAUAAAAAACCUAAUAUAGACACACACAUACAACACACAUGCUAUCCAACUCAAACAUCAGCUUAUUGUUAGGUAGAGUCCCAUUUGUUGGCAAAAUUUAAACCAAUCGAUUACUAUCUAGGAAAAUGAUUUAACCUUCAUGUUUGUCAAUAAUUAUGCCUAUAGGUUCACUUUCUAUUUGUAUUAUAAUGACAGACAUGUUUUAUUUUCCUCUUUUAUUUUACAGAAAUAAGAGAGUUAGUGGUUUAAAAUGAAUGAUUUCUCCGAUGGAAGAUGUAGUAAAACGAGUUGGAUGGCCAUGUUAAAUAUAUACUUUCUAUCGAUCGAUUUUUUAAUUAAAGUCGAAUGUAAAUAUUGUAUUAUAACAAAACCUAGAGGAGAGUAGGGACAUUUAAGGGAUUAUACCGCGCCAAUUAAACUAUUACAUUUAAUAGAUAUUAUGACAAGAUAUUUCGUAUAUAUUAAUUAUAUAUAAAGUGUAAAGAGAUUUUUACGAGAUAAUAAUUUUGAUCCCUGAAUAUAUGGCAAGUAGAGAGGGGGGGGAGAGGAGAGAGAGAGAGAGAGAGAGAGAGAGAGAGAGAGAGUGUGAAUUUAGAUUGCUUUCCAUUUUCACAUCUUGGUAGUCAUUUAAAUUGCAUAAUGUAAAUACAUUGUGGCAUCAUAUAUACAUAUAUAUAUAUAUAUAUAUAUAUAUAUAUGUUUAUAAUAUAAUUAAUUACACUAUCAUGACGAAAUAAUGCUAAAGUACAAAAAACCUAGGUGCUAUAUUAUUAUUCUAGGCAGUACGCUGUAAGCAGAAACCUAGGUGUGUUCCAGCAGCUCGUACUACAUUGUAAUUUAUCCAGAACAUUAUAUACGUGUUACGAUGAAUCGAAUCGCUACGAUUACAAUCUUGUGAUUUGACGGUUUUUAUAUAUAAGAGAGAGUAGGAUCUGCUUUUUAAUUCGACGAAAAAAAGCUCGGUCCAAGCCUAAUAAUAAUGUCAAUAAAGGAAAAAAAGA